GUUCGCAGUUACAACUACCUAUAUAGAUCGCACACGAUAAUCGAUUUCCGCGGUUCGAUAAAGGUACAUAAAAAGGGACGCGGGUCGUCGAAAUGAUGAUGGACUCGGACUCGGCGUACAAGCCCAACGGCGAUUACCUCAUGUCACCGUACAGCUGGCACACGCCACAAGAUUUGCAGCAGUUCACCAAUGCGCCUAUUGUGUACCCGUAUGGCGACUACGGAUCUGUGGUGGUCAAGUCUGAGUAUGACGAUGAUGUUUGCGGAGUUGGCGGUGGCGGUGCCGGCGGUGGUGGAGGCGGAAUCGGUGGAGACCUCAGCUGUGGCGGUGGUAGAGACGGCUGUGGCGAUAUCGGAGUCGGUGGAGGCGGUGGUAGCAGCAGUUCACCCGGUCUGGAACAUGACACGGUAGACCGAAAAAAAGGAAAGAAACGAUCGUCCAGAUCGAAAGAAAUUCAAACGCCGUUGAAAUCGAGGAGACGAUCUCCACAGACGCCCGAAGAGAUGCAAAGCCAACGGGUGAUGGCCAAUGUACGGGAACGACAACGGACACAGAGUCUAAACGAAGCGUUCGCGUCUCUCCGGAAGAUCAUACCCACGCUUCCUUCUGAUAAACUAUCGAAAAUCCAAACGUUGAAGUUGGCCACGCGGUACAUUGACUUCCUAUACCAGGUACUACAUAAAGCCAACACGGAAGAAGUGCCCAUGGUGGGACAUGUUGAUUCAGAUUCUCAACACUCCAUCGAACAAGGAUCUUCCGGUACAGGAUCUUGCACUUACGUUGCUCAUGAACAACUCAGUUAUGCGUUUAGUGUGUGGAGAAUGGAAGGCGAAUGGAAUAACGUCAAUCAAGAAUAACAAUUUUAACAUUUAAAUUAGCACAUGGGGGUGGGGGUGUUUGUACAUCGAAAAGUAUUGAUAUACAACUAAGUAUUUCCUUUUGCAGUUUUGCAUUAUAUAUAUGUAUACCUAUUUAGUAUAUGUUAUGUAUAUUUAAUUUAAAAUUAUGUUUAGUUUUUAUACUUUUUAAACGUUAAGAUAUUUUUUAUCGAUUUUUAUUUUUAUUAUUAUUUUUAUGUACAAAAAGUCACCAGUGUAUAAAUAUAUUUUUUAUUAAGUUUAUUUUUUCUAUA